AGACACACCCGUCCUUCGAUGGCAAAGACCGUAAUACUAAGAUUAGCAAUGUUCUUGAUAGAAUAGAACUGUUUUGCUCUCAAGUUCUCAAGAAAUUGUCACCCUUGUCAUCUCCCGACGGGCAUUCCGUGAGCCGAAGACUCUCCCACUCUCUCCGCACAUUUCUACACCUUGCAAUGUGCCGUCUCUUCCGCACGGAUGCACGAUUUCAUUCACGUCCCUACGGAGCUUCAUCAGGCGAUAUGGAUGUGUAACCCACCAUACAAGCGACCUCAAUGGAUCGGGUCGACAACAACGAUCUACCGACAAGCCCACCCAAGAGACGCAAGCUCAAACAUCCUCGCACAGCCCGAGCUUGUGCCUUCUGCAGAAGGCGCAAGGUCCGAUGCUCGGGUACUCAACCAUGCGACUACUGCCGCGGCGAAGGAGUCCGAUGCGAGUAUGAGGAUAGACUCUCAAGAUCUAGUCCUUUCGCUGUGCAAACGACCUCUCGGGUUGCCCCGUCAGCGACACAACAAGAAACCCCAACCUCUGCUGCUAAAAGCGUAGUAGCAACGCCGGGACAACCUUCGACGACACUCCCAGAAAUCCAGUCUGGAAACGGUAAAUCAAAGACUUCGCGACGUGUAUCGUUAGACCCGCCCCAGACAUUCGCCGAAGGUCAGCAUAUCGGACCAUCUGCCGGCGUAUCAUUUCUCUAUCAUGCUUGGAACCGGACUGGCGCGCCUGAGGAAGAGGCGACGCUGCCAACGGCGCGACUGACAUGUCAUGGAGACAUGCCUCAAGCUCCAGUCACCAAGGACCCGCAAUUGCCCACUAGAGAAGAAGCAAGCACGCUUUUGGAACGUUAUUUUCAGUUCGCUACGCCUACGUACCGAUUCCUUCACCGGCCGACCGUGGAAAAGUGGAUGUCCAAGCUAAUGGACGGCACUCAGCUGUCAAAGGCAGAGGCAGCUUGUGCUUUGAUAGUUUGUUCGCAAGCACUCCUCUACACCACGGUCGGAGACAGGUAUCAGAACGGUGGGGACGAGGGGCUCAACCGAAGCAGAGCCUACUUUGACAAAGCAAAAUCCCUACUCGACGAAGAACCCGGUCCUGCCACAGUUGUUAGCGUGCAAGCACGCUUAGCCAUGUGCCUGUAUCUCCUGAGCACGUUCCGUAUCAACGAAUGCCGUUUCUCCUUCAGCCUUGCUUGCACAAUCUUGACCUCAAUCGGCCUCCAGCGGAAGACACUGAAUGCACACAAACUCGACCUUGUCACCCUAGAAUCACGCAAGCGAACAUUCUGGUGCGCCUACGUGCUGGACGAUUAUCUAAGCGUCAUGCUGGGCCGGCCCCGGAUUCUCCACGAUGGCGAUAUCGACCAGGAAUACCCCCGAAACAUCGACGACAAUGACCUGUUAUCGUCUGAAUCGCCUGAAGACCUGCCUUUGCACGGCAAUCUGGAAGCUUUUAUCGCCCACGCCGAUCUGGCCAAGUUGAUGGGCCGCAACAGCCACCUCCUCUACCCGCUUCAGCCGUUGACAGAAGACGAAGUUCUCGAGCGCACGCACGAAAUGCUUCACGCACUCGACAACUGGCGGGCCUCACUGCCGGGUUUUCUGAAGCCUCGCAACAAGACGCUCGCCGGACAAAGGACGUUUGAAAGGCAGAACACGGUGCUCAAACUUGCGUACGCACAUUUGCGCAUACUCGCCACACGACGCUGCUUACUCGCGGAUUUCGGCCGUCUGGGACGUAGGGCGCCAUCGGUAUCGGCAAAGGAUGAUCGGGCGCUGAAGCCGAUCCAAGAGUGCGUCGCUGCUGUAUGCACGAUUCUCGAUGCGGUUUAUGACCUGAGCGAAAGGGGCACCAUGUAUCAAGGGUUCUGGUUUCAGCCUUACAUUACCCUCGUCGCGAUCUCGACAUUGUAUGUGUUUGUUAUACAAAAGAGUCGGUCGACGCUGCCGGAGGGUUUGUUUGUCCAGCUCAACGAGUACCUUGACAAGGCCAAGUAUUGUCAGGAGCUGCUUGCGGCGUUGUCGCCCGCGGGAAGCCAGGCAAGGAGACAUCAUGUUCUGCUGAAUCGGCUAAGGGAGCGAGCGGAGAGAGAUGCUUUGAGGACGAGACGGCAAGGUGAUGCGAAGAGUGGAGGUGCACACGGAGUGGCAACCAGGCCAGGCUCCGUGGUGAGACAAGUUGAAGAUCGGACGGCGUUUGUUGGAGGCGAGAGCCAGUCAGCUGAAAAUCCCGGACGCGUUCAACAUCAAGCUGACGACGAUCAGACGGCGACGGAUGGCGCCGCUCACCUGAACCACAAUCCGGAUGUGAUGAUGGGUCAAUUCACACCGUCAGAAGAUGACUUUAUGUUCCAAGAUCUGAAUGGUUGGGGCUGGGAAAGCUUGGACACGGUUGGAUUUCUUGCAGAUGGCGACUUGUUUGGUCUCCAACCAUAGCGUGCCCCUAGUUACAUUGAUGUCCGCUAAUCUGCUUGCUGAAGUCCGGAUCUGGGUUAUUGUAGCUUCACUCCGACCUCCGCAGUUUCCUGUUCGUUGUUGGAUGUUCGUGUGUCGACAACAGUUUACC